AUGCUCAGCCCACGACACAAAAGACUUCCCAUGGCUACUGAGCGCAAGCAUGUGCAAACUGAUACUAUGAAUUGCCCUGCAGGCAUGCAGUGUUCCGUCACUGCCGCCAUGCUAUGGCUCAGAGUACUCCAUUCGUUGGUAUUAGCUCCGCUUGUCACUGUUAAGGGUGUCUGGAUUCUUCUGCUCCCGCUCGUUGAUGCCGUCCGAGCAGCCCGAGAGGGGCGAGCCGAUGUCGGACUUCUCGAGCUGGAUCACCAUCAUGCCGAGGAGGAGAUGCAUACCAACCUUCAGCAGCAGACGCAUCUGACAAGUCUUGAGCACGUGGCAAACUCUGCGGCUGCUGGAGAGUUGCUGAUAUUCCGAAUGUUGACAGGGCAGCCGAAACAGGACCUCUGGACAAACGGCUUGGCUGGAUACAACGUGAGCCGGACGUUGGAUGCGUACCACAUCAACUCCGCGGGCAAGCUGCACGAGGCGGUCGCUGCAGCGGCCGACACCCGAUGCAUGGGCCGGCUGCUCCUGGACUCAGAGCACAGGUGCCACAAGGCAUUCCCAGUCUACGACCUCAUGCUGACAACGUGCAGCAGUUUGCUCGCAUUGGUCUAUGCCACUUUGGUGGCCAGUGCAGAGGAGAAGUUGGUGGGUGAAUUCGGCCAGGAGGUUCUCGGUUGCCGCUGCGCAGGAGGCAAGACCACCCAUGGAAACUGCGGUUACCACUUUCAUUUCAUGUCCAAUGAGGACAAGCCCUGGUGCCGCACGAAGUUUGGCUGCGGGCACUACUCCAUCAAAGGCAAUUGGGUCUACUGCGACCCUCGGGGAACAGAAAGGCGGCGUGCCGAUGAUGGCAAGCUCUACAAUGCGCUGGAUUUCAAAAAGUUCUACCCCAAGGAUGGAAAGGAGAAGUGGGCCGCCGCGGCUGCCUACGAGGAGACUCGCAUCGCCAGAAAUGGCAAGGCAUACAAGGCGAGCGAGUUCCGGGACUACUACAUUGACUACUUGGGCGAGGACCUGGCUAGCUGUGCAGGUCAAGUCUCAGGCGUGGUAAGCAAUCACUGCCUGCUUGCUGGAAGGAGGGCUGGUUGA